AUGGACACCAAACAUUUCCUGCCGCUCGACUUCUCCGCGCAGGUGAACUCCUCCUCCCUCAGCUCCCCCGCGGCGCGCAGCUCCAUGGCCGCCCCCUCGCUGCACCCCUCCCUGGGGCCCAGCAUCGGCUCCUCGCUUGGCUCCCCGGGACAGCUGCACUCACCCAUCAGUACCCUCAGCUCGCCCAUCAACGGCAUGGGCCCGCCCUUCUCGGUCAUCAGCUCCCCCAUGGGACCGCACUCCAUGUCGGUGCCCACCACACCCACCCUGGGCUUUGGCACCGGCAGCCCCCAGCUCAGCUCGCCCAUGAACCCCGUCAGCAGCAGCGAAGACAUCAAGCCCCCGCUGGGCCUCAAUGGUGUCCUCAAAGUGCCGGCCCACCCCUCAGGGAACAUGGCGUCCUUCACCAAGCACAUCUGUGCCAUCUGUGGGGACCGCUCCUCAGGCAAGCACUACGGGGUGUAUAGCUGCGAGGGCUGCAAGGGCUUCUUCAAGCGGACGGUGCGCAAGGACCUGACCUACACUUGCCGCGACAACAAGGACUGCCUGAUUGACAAGCGGCAGCGGAACCGCUGCCAGUACUGCCGCUACCAGAAGUGCCUGGCCAUGGGCAUGAAGCGCGAAGCCGUGCAGGAGGAGAGGCAGCGCGGCAAGGACCGGGGCGAGGGCGAGGCGGAGCCGACCAGCAGCGCCAACGAGGACAUGCCCGUGGAGAAGGUCCUGGAGGCCGAGCUGGCCGUCGAGCCCAAGACCGAGACCUACGUGGAGGCCAGCGUGGGGCUGAGCCCCGGCUCGCCCAACGACCCUGUCACCAACAUCUGCCAAGCGGCUGACAAGCAGCUCUUCACGCUGGUGGAGUGGGCCAAGCGGAUCCCGCACUUUUCCGAGCUGCCCUUGGACGACCAGGUCAUCCUGCUGCGGGCAGGCUGGAACGAACUGCUCAUCGCCUCCUUCUCGCACCGCUCCAUCGCUGUGAAGGACGGCAUCCUCCUGGCCACCGGGCUGCACGUGCACCGCAACAGCGCCCACAGCGCGGGCGUGGGCGCCAUCUUCGACAGGGUGCUGACGGAGCUGGUGUCCAAGAUGCGGGACAUGCAGAUGGACAAGACGGAGCUGGGCUGCCUGCGCGCCAUCGUCCUCUUCAACCCCGACUCCAAGGGGCUCUCAAACCCAGCCGAGGUGGAGGCGCUUCGCGAGAAGGUCUACGCAUCCCUGGAGGCGUACUGCAAACACAAGUACCCCGAGCAGCCAGGAAGGUUUGCCAAGCUGCUGCUGCGCCUGCCCGCCCUUCGCUCCAUCGGCCUCAAGUGCCUGGAGCACCUCUUCUUCUUCAAGCUCAUCGGGGACACGCCCAUCGACACCUUCCUCAUGGAGAUGCUGGAGGCCCCGCACCAGAUGACUUAG